GUGUGUGUGUGAGUGUGUGUAUAUAUAUUGUGUAAAAUUAAAAAAAUAACAACAAAAGUACAUAGAAAUAGUAAAAUGAGAAAGUAGGGAGGCGUGUUUGUCCGUCUCCCUUCCCUUGGGCCGUGCGUCCAUUGCAUCGGGAUUUAGCGACCAAACCUGGUCUUCUUGUUGAUAUGUCCUCCUGGCUCCUGUUGUUAAUGCACGCACCUCAGGCUCAGAUUUUGGCAGUGAUCAGUGAGAGAAAAAGGAAACCCUAGAAAUUGUGAGAGCGGAGAAGUUGGUGAGGGGCUUUUGGUUUUCGGAUCCAAUGGCUCUGUGGAGAGCUGGCGCUGCUUCGACAACGACCCUCUUCAACGCCCUCCUCCGCCCCUCCUCCCUCUUCACCGCAUCUCGCCACCUCUCCACCGCUGAUGCAGCUGCUGAGCAUUCACUGCGUAAUAGCAUGAAGAACCAGUUGCUUCAUGUGGAUAUCAAUUCUCUAAUAGGAAGUUGCAUGCCUCUAUCUUCAAUGCGAAUUGGGACUAUCAUCCACAACAUUGAGGUGAACCCGGGUCAAGGUGCCAAGCUAGUUCGAGCCGCAGGAACUUGUGCAAAGAUUCUGAAAGAGCCCUCCUCAACAAAGUGUCUUGUGAGGCUGCCUUCCGGUGCUGAGAAGUGGAUUGAUUCUCAGUGCCGUGCCACAAUUGGUACCGUGUCUAAUGCAAGCCAUGGAACGAGGAAGCUCCGGAAGGCUGGACAAAGCAGAUGGCUUGGACGAAGACCCGUGGUUCGUGGUGUGGCGAUGAAUCCGGUGGAUCAUCCCCACGGUGGAGGUGAGGGACGGAGCAAGAGCAGUGGGGCGUGGGGGAAAGGUUCUCGAACACCUUGGGGCAAGCCAACCAAGUCCGGAUUCAAGACUGGACCCCUGAAGCGCAGAAAGUAGUUUCUGAGCCUUGUCUUUUUUUUCAAUGCUAUUUUUGGAACUCUGUUUUUUUCUUUUUCUUUUUUUAAUGAAUUAGAUAACCUAAUAAUAUUUGCACUUGAAAUUUUGAUCUUACCAAAGAAACGUCCAAAGAUUUUAUUUUUUGAAGGUUGUAGUUCCUGUUGCUUUGGCUUGCGUGAUGAGUUAUGGAAAUUGCUUACCUGUUUCGAGUUGAUGUAAA